UUUUCUUAGUUGUUUUAGUGAGACUCUAUCACUGCGAUCUCUUGUUGUUUAAAUACGAUUGAUUAUACUUUAUUCGUAUUUUAAAUACAGAAGCAUGUGAAUCUGUUCUAAUGUACUGGCCGGACAUAGCUAGCUAGCACCUCCUUUACUCCUAUAAAUACAUAGAUUAAGCUCAUUUCUCUUCAGCAUCAAGCUGCUUGUCCUGCAACACUUUUCCUCCAUCCCCACUUCCUCUUUCCGAGAAAACAUAAACAUCUUUCCUUUCUUGGCCGGUCGUUUCUGUCUACAUAUGGGAGGCUCUUCACCAUGUGCUUCGUGCAAGUUGUUGAGACGCCGCUGCGCCAAGGACUGUAUCUUUGCUCCUUACUUCCCUUCUGAUGACCCUCACAAGUUUGCCAUUGUUCACAAGGUUUUUGGUGCUAGCAAUGUCAGCAAAAUGUUGCAGGAGCUCCCAAUUCAUCAGAGGGGAGAUGCAGUGAGCAGUUUAGUUUAUGAAGCAAACGCAAGAGUAAGAGACCCUGUUUACGGGUGUGCUGGGGCUAUAUCUUACCUACAGAAUGAAGUAUCAAAGUUGGAAAUGCAGCUUGCAGUGGCUCAAGCAGAGAUACUUUGCAUCCAGAUGCAUCAACAGCCAAAUUACUUACCAACAAACCAUAUAGACGUCCAAGCUGGCGAGAAGUCGCUUCUUUUAUCCGCCGACUUCAAUAACAUGAAUAUGUCCCAAUACCUUGGCUUUCCUUCUUCUAGCAAUGUAAUUCAAGACCCUCCUAAGAGAGAGUCUCUUUGGACUUAACUCCUCCUGAUCAUCCCCUUUUAUGAAAUUCCAAACCCUCAUUUUCA